CCGGCGAUAAAAAAUUUCUCCUUCACAACGCCAAAAUUGAUGCUACUUCCACCCUCAGCGGCGUGAGGGUUUUAAGACUAAAGUGUUCGUUUCGACGAACAAGGAAAGCAAAGCGUCUGAUGACGAUGGCGCUCUCGUUUGGGUCGGCUCCGUCGUCGUCCUCAUCCUUCCGCUGGUCUUCUCUCUCUACGCCCUCCGCUUUCCCCCUUCCUGCUUCGACCUUCUUCCCGAGGAAGCUCAAGUCAGCUUCAUUUAGAUGUACUGGUCAAAAGACCCAUGAGAAUAGCAUGCAUAGAGUGAAAGGACUACCAGUACAGACUUCCUAUAGGUAUUUCAAACUGAAGAAUCAACCUCUGAGCAGGCGGCUAACUUGUCUGGCUACUUUUGAAGCCCCAUCAUCCCCUUCUGAGCUUGAAGCUAAUAUAGAGCUAGAGAAGUUUGACUUGGAUUAUCAAGAAAACUCCCCCAAAAGCAGUCUGUCUGCUUUUUCUGGGAGAUCUGAUGGAAAACCUGGGUUUAUAUCAUUCCAUGGUUACCAUUACCUAAGAAAUGAGGUUGAAACUAUUUCAGGGGAGGGAAGGUCUAGAAUUCUUUGGUUUGCUGCACCAACUGUAUUGGUAGCCUUCUUGGUUUUCCCCUUAUUUUACUUGCGAAAGAUACUUUCUACCUUUUUUGAGGACUCUUUAUUUACAGAUUUCCUCAUAUUAUUCUUCACAGAAGCUCUUUUCUACACUGGAGUUGCAAUCUUUGUUAUGUUAAUUGAUGUUCUGUGGAGGCCUAUUCAAACUAAAUUACAGAAGAAGUUAUACGUGUUGAAAAUUCAAGGUCUUCGGUUAACUUCAGUAGUUACAUCUGCUAUGCCACUAAUAAUACCUCUCCUGACAAUGGGCUUGGUUUGGCCUUGGACUGGACCAGCAGCCUCUGCUACUCUAGCACCAUACUUGGUUGGCGUGGUGGUACAAUUUUCUUUCGAGCAGUAUGCUUCUCGUAAAACAUCACCUGCAUUGCCCGUUAUUCCCAUUAUUUUUCAUGUAUACAGGCUGCACCAGUUGAACAGAGCAGCUCAGCUAGUGUCUGCUCUAUCUUUUUCAGUUAGAGGCACCGAGAUAACAUCGCAUACGACAGCCAUAAGCAACUCGCUAGGGGUGCUGUUUACCGUUCUUCAAAUCCUCGGCGUAAUUAGCAUUUGGUCACUCUCAAGUUUCCUGAUGAGAUUCCUUCCUCCUUCAGAAGCAGUUUUCUAGUCAUUACUUCAUUUGAAAGUUGUUGCUGAAGAACUGGUCAGCUUCCGAUAAUAUUACUGGUUUACAACUCUGGUCGAUCUGGUAAAAUGGUUGAUAUUGAAAUCUGCAAGUGUACCAGAUCUGGCAGUCAUGCUACUUUACUAUAACCUCGAUAAGUCUUUCACGAGACUGAUACCUAGUAGCUGUCCCAGGGAUGCAGAAUCGUUGAACAGCAAACACAGUUGAUAUUAAGAGCUAAGCUUUAGCCAAAAUUCUGUUAUUUUGGUUUUUUUUUUCUUUAUCUUUUAUUAACUUUACAAACUGUAGUCGUGUGUGAUUAAUUAUCGUCGUUGAAUAUGAAUAUAUGAUGCAAAUCUACCCCUCUAGUACCAACUCAUGGGCUGUUUGAAAAUGUAUUGGAUUACAGAUAAGGAAGAUUUUUUUAUAUAUAUUUUACCACUGUUGGAUCAAGUGUUUCUUUUGUUGGUGUGACAAUGUGGUAUUAAAUGGAAUGACCAGAUUCAUUUAUUAAAUAACACGAUGAGGUGGAAUUUGUUAUUUCAGAUUUUCUGUCCCGAAAUCAUGUGUUUCCAUGUCUUUUGUCAAUUCCACGGUGAUAAUAUCUUUAAGAUAUGUCUAACAUCUUUAAAAUGAUUUUAGGACAGAUCCGAACUCCGAAUUUGUACGGUGUCAAAAUCCAUUUAUCGGUCCAAAAUCGUUUUAGCGUCCGUCCGAAUAUCGAAACGGUAUAUGAUUUCGUAGCGUAAUUAUUGAUCAUCGCCAACUCAUCGUCUUCUCUUUCUGCUUCGAGACGCGACGCGGGCGAUAAGCCCGAUCGAGAAGGGGGCGCAGCGAAAAAGGGAGCAGCCAUGACGACUCAAGAUCCCGGCAAGCUUAUGGCCAAGGCCGACAAAUU